UGAAGGGUGGGUCGAUAGGCUGCCCAUAUUGACACUGCUCCCUGCCGAUGACGUCAUAGCAGAUUCCCCCCACCAACACCCCUCCCAGGGCUCCUUCGCUCAGUCCCCAUCACGUUCCCAACUAGUCCGUAUCUUAUCGCAGUUCAUGUCCUUUAAUUGAAUAUAUUUAGAUAAUUGCUUUUGUUCGACUGCAUCCGCCUACUAUUCGGAGAAAUAUUAAAACAUAUAUAUAUUUUUUGAAUUUUUUGAUAAUCAAUAUUUAAAAAAAAAAAAAUAAAACGUUAUUUGUACAAUCCCCGUUUAUACUAAGUGUUGAUUACCAUUUGACUUUUUUUUUCUAUCGGUUAAAAGAAAAAAAAAUCUAAAAAUGUUCCGAGCAUAUGGAACUGCCCCGGUCGAGGUACCGGAUGUUAUCUACCCUUGGAACACCCCAAUUUUCAAUAAAGGCCUUUCUACUGGGAGCAACACAAUUCUAGAUUUACAUGGAUAUCACUCCGGCCCAUCUCUUGUGAGUCAGCCACACUACCAACUUCAUCACCCCGGCAUCAAUGUAAAAACAGCAGCAAAAAUGAGCUAUGUCAACUGUAAUACAAAUCCUAUUCAGAGCCUCACACAAAUACAUGCAAAAAGUCCCUACUUUCCGGGUCUUGAUGAUCAAACUGGUUUAAUGGAAGAACCAACCGGACAAAUAGUUGAAGUCCAUCAAACACAGUCACCUUCAAGGAACCCACCCCACACACAAGUUUCAGAAUCAGGAGAACGUUAUUCAAGGAAAGUAUUUGUUGGGGGACUUCCACCUGAUAUAGAUGAAGAUGAAAUCACUGCCAGCUUCAGAAGAUUUGGACCUCUUGUUGUUGACUGGCCUCACAAGGCUGAAAGUAAAUCUUAUUUUCCUCCCAAAGGAUAUGCAUUCUUGUUAUUUCAGGAUGAAAGCUCUGUUCAACAACUCAUUGAUGCCUGUAUACAGGAUGAGGACAAAUUAUAUCUUUGUGUUUCUUCUCCUACCAUCAAAGAUAAACCUGUUCAAAUCAGACCAUGGAGGCUUUCUGAUGCAGAUUUCGUCCUUGAUGCAUCUAUGCCCUUGGAUCCAAGAAAAACGGUUUUUGUUGGUGGUGUUCCCAGACCUUUAAAAGCUAUCGAGCUGGCUAUGAUCAUGGAUAGACUAUAUGGUGGUGUGUGUUAUGCCGGAAUCGACACAGACCCAGAACUAAAAUAUCCAAAGGGUGCUGGAAGAGUUGCAUUUAGCAACCAGCAAAGUUAUAUUGCUGCUAUUAGUGCAAGAUUUGUGCAAUUACAGCAUGGUGACAUUGAUAAAAGGGUGGAAGUAAAGCCAUAUGUACUCGAUGAUCAAAUGUGUGAUGAAUGUCAAGGACAGAGGUGUGGAGGCAAAUUUGCUCCUUUUUUCUGUGCUAAUGUAACAUGUCUGCAGUACUACUGUGAACAUUGCUGGGCAACUAUUCAUUCAAGGCCAGGAAGGGAAUUUCAUAAACCUCUCGUUAAAGAAGGAGCUGAUCGGCCUCGAGCCUUACCCUUUCGUUGGUGUUAACAGCAGUAGACGUAGGUGCCAGGAAACAUUAGCUAAUUUUUAGAGAACUUUAGUUCAUGUACAUUUUUUAAAUGGUUGAUAUUUGUGUAAAAUUGAUUUCAAAGCCUGAUUAAGGAAUUUACGUAUUUAUAUAAUGCACCUUCUUUGUCAUGGUUGAUGUUAAUAUAUUGAACUUUUUAAGCUAUAGGAAUUAUUAAUUUCCUAAUUUUUUUAGUAAAAUGAGAUAUGAUUUAUUUUAAUUAUAAAUAUUAAAUUUUAGGUGUAAUUAAUACUUGAAUUGUUUUUUGCAGUAGUUACCAAUUCAUGAAGCUUAGUAAAUAACUGAAGGGUUGCUAUUGAAAUUUAUACAAUUAACUAUUUUUAUAAUUUUUUCACAUCUUUAUUCGAAAAUAGUCCAAAAGUUCCUACUAUUGGAAUUUGGAUGGUAUAGUUAAUUACAAUUUUUAUUACUAUAAAAAUUAAGUAUAUCUAUUACUCAAAAGCUAUUGUUUAAUGUGUGUGUUAAUCCCUUUACUUAAUAGUUAAAAUUAAAAGGAGCAUAAAGUUCAAUAAACGAUGUCAUCAAUCAAUAUAAAAACUAUUUAUUAUAUUCAAUUAUUUAAGAGCAAUGAUCAGGGUCAAUACUGAUUUAGGGAUAAAUGAAGAAUAUUUUUUAAUUUUACUUUUAUUUAACAAAAUUAUUUUAUUUACAUAUUUUAAUAUUUAGUAGAAAUGACCAGAGAAUAGCUUUAAUUUUACAUUAAUAUCAAUAUGAACUGCUACACCUUGAUGUGAUGCCAUAUUAUGCUGAUGUUCCCCUUAAAAAAAUAAUAAUAUACUAUUAUAUUUAAAAAAAAAAACAAACAAAAACUGAGGGUUGAUAUGGUAAUAGUUUAUUAUGAUUUAAUUUCUUAUACAAUUUUAAAUUGUUUAUCUUAUAAAGAAUUAGUAUUUUAUUCCCUUAAUCCCAUUAAUUAUCUUAAAAUAUUAUUAAAUUAUAAUAAAUUAAAUUAUUUUGAUAAAUUUGCAGAUGACCAUGAUGAAGCUUGGUGUUAAUUUUCAAUAUUGCCAACAUAUAAAAAAAUUAACUAAUUUGAUGUCCUAGUUUUAAAUACUAAAAAAAUUUAGUUAGGACAUUUUAUUUUAAUUGUUAAAACAUUAUUUCAUAUUGUUUUCACAUGAGGCUUCAAUGCUUGUUGACUCAUCCUCUCUCCCUCGAGGAAAAAAAAACAACAAAAAACUAUCAAUAACAACCCCUUUCAACAAGGUAUUUUAAAUUACCAAAAAAUAUCUAUAGGAGGCUCUUUUUAUUAUAAAUAUACUAACUCUGAAAAUAAUUCAGUUCGUAAUUAAGUAACAAAUUUUUUUUUGGAUCAUCUUAAAUUUCAACGAUGCAUUUUGUUUCUUGACGAUUUCUUAUGAUAAUUUCCUUUGAUAAUUAAAUUUUUAUCUGAAAUAGAAAAUUUAUGUUAUUAAUGUCUUUUUAAAACAAUUCUGAUGUUCAGUAAUCGAAGUUAAAUUUUUCCUAAGUGAUUAUUCUCUAAAUUGUUUUUUGAAACCUCAACCAACUGUAUUAUGCAUUCAAUUAUAGAUGUAAAACACUGACAGAUACAUCUUGUCUAAAAUAAUCUUCAAAUAUAUAAUAAAAGUUUUUAAAUAAUUAUGAAGAAAUGACAACUGAUAAUUAAUUAUCCUUUAAAAGAAGGGAUAUGGUAGAGAAACAAAAUGUAUCUGCAUAGGCAGAUAAUCCUCACAAUUAAUCAACAUGAUUAAAAUGGAUUAAUGAAACAUGAUUAAGUAUUUUCUAUUUAUCUAGUUACUCAAUAUUUCUUAAAGUAUUCAUUAUCCAUGCUUCCAUAUAUUUGUGAUACUUACUUGUGAUAUUUUCUUAUUACCUAAUGUAAUUUGCCAGCCAUUGAUUUUUCAUAAUGCAGGAAUUUUAAAAAAUAAAAAAAUAUUUAUUUUAUAAUAAUAAUGCUAAUUUUCAAUAAUUAAACUGAUGGUUACAAUUAAAAUAAAAUAAUAAGUUAAAAUAUAACCAAACAAAUAAAAAUCUAUAAAAAGUAUCUUAGGUUUCUUCAAAAAAAUUUUAUAAUCAUAAUGUUCUUUCAAUAAUCGAAUCUUAUAAUGCCUUACCAAGCAAAUCAUUUUUUCUGAAAGCAUUUCAUAAUUCAACUUAUAAAUUAUUUUUAAAAUACACCUGUCAAGUCCUAGUAGUAGAAGCUCCCCCUUUUUGUUUAACUAAAACAAACAUUUCUGAAUUUAUUCCUUACAAAUAUACCAUAAACCUCACAUAAUUAUAUAAAUCUAAUCACACACACACACACACCUGCGCUUGCAUGUGUAAACAAAAUAUUAGUCUUUAAUUGUUGACUGAAUCAAUUAAAUAAUAGCAGCCCUAGUAAUUUUCCUCAUCAUAUUGUGCAAACUGAUGUUAAUUAGUUGCUAAUAUGGUAAUUGGAAAUUAUAUUAUGUCACAUUACCAUGCUUUCUUAGAUACUUUUAACUUGACUUAGGUCUUGAAUGUUGUGCAAGGAAAAGUCACUUUUAGAGUUUUAUGCCAGCACACAUUUUGGAGUUUCAUAUAAAUAAAUAUAACUUUUUUUUCAAAAAAAUUAGUAUUAGUGUAGGUUGUCCUUAGGACAUGAGAAAAAUGUCAAUGUAUAUAUAUAAAACAAAAUUUAUGGCCAUUAUGUUUCUCUGGCUUUUAUGAACUUUUUAUAUUAUAUCAUAUUUGGUGAUACCAAAAACAUGUGUAUGUAUGAAUGUAUAUGUAUGUAUAUGUAU